AUGGAAAACAAAAGCCAAGCCAAUUUACUUAGUAUUCAACUCAACUCGGCCAUAGAAGGUCUUAAUGAUGUUGUAAAACGAACCCAAAAUCAAAUAAGUCAAAACUAUUCAAAUAAACUAUUAACUAUUCAAGACCUAAAAGCUAAAACAUCUGAAAUUUUAAGUAAAGCCAAGAAUGAUCCAGAAACAGAGCAAGAUUUCAGAAGAAUUUGCUCGCUAUAUGAGACUCAGAGUUCUUCUUCUGAUCAGUCACUUUUCCAAGCUUAUCAAGAAUAUGUUGAUGCCUAUCGCAAAAUCACUUCUCUUUAUCUCAUCGACAAAAAUAAUGAGAGAACUAUUUUGACUAUUUAUGGCACUGAAAAUGACAGAGAAGAGACCUGCGAGCUGGAAACUCCAGAAAUGUUAGACCAUGGUACAUGCAUUGCUCAACUUCCAAAUGGCGAGCUAUUCUGUUUUGGCAAAUGGCAACCUUCUGGAAUUGCAUUCAUAUUAGAUAGAAACCUAAAAUUCCGUAGAUUGCCAUCUGGAGCUGUAAAUAAAACAAAAAUUUUAUUUAUUACUUGUUUUAAUAAGUUAGGCCUUGAAAAUAGGUUUCUAAUUGUAUUCAAAGAUUAAGCAUAGCCAAGGCAUUUAAAACAAAUCUACUAACUUCCACUCGGUGAGUGAAUUAAAACCAUUGAAAAUACCUAUCUUUUGGCCAAAAUCCACCCUGGGAAGUGAUAAUUAGUAUUUGAAAUCUCUAGCUAAUUCUAUUUAAUUUAAAGAGAUUGCAUUUAAGAGCAUAAAUUUAUAAAUUAAUUAAUUUUCACCUUACAAUUUUGCUAUGGGGAUGUUUUUAAAUCCGAAAAAAAAAAAAUACUAUGAGAUUUAUAUAUAAAUCUCAAAAAAAAAUUAAUGCCAUUCCUUUAGCGGAUAAAUUGUUUUGUUUGCUCACAGAGGUGGAUUAAGCCAUCUGGACCCGCUUAUGGAUGCCCAUCGGCUAACAUCUAUUUAAAUGAAUUGGACGGUCAAGUAUUUAUUAUAUUUUAAGCUUGCUUAUAGAGUAUUUAGCUAAAAUCCUAUAUUUAUUUCAACAAAAACGUUUAUUGUUUUGGAGGAAGAAGCUAUAAUAGCUUUUCAACUCUAUCUAGUAAAUUUGACUUAGUUGGAAAUAGGUGAAUUAAAUUAACUCCUAUGCCAAGAGUUGACCUUUCUUGCCGUAGUGUAAUAUUUAAUGGGAACGUUUUGAUUUCAGGCUGAGGAAAAAGAAAUAUAUUGAUAUAUUCAAUUGAUACUGACUCCUUCUCCACAACUCCUUAUAACUUUCAACUUGAUAAACUAAAUAUCCUUAUUAAUGCAGAAGAUAGGCUAUAUUUAAUUGAGAGCCCGAAUGGUUCAGUAUAUGAAAGUGAAAUUGGAAACGAGUAUGUUUGGGAAGCAAUAGGAAACUCGAUAAUAAGUUUUUGGCCUUUCCGAGAUUAUUAUUCAUUUAAUAAAGGAAUAACAAAUAUGCCUAUUGGCUCCUAUAGCGAGAAGUUGAAAAUUUUAGCAGAAUAA